AUGAUUCCAACACCAUCAGAAGCAAUUGCAAAGAAAACAGAAAAUGGUCAUUACGAAAUUUUCGAUGGAUGGUCAUCUUCUUCUACUUUAUGGGAUUUUCAAUCAUAUUAUAGAUUUUAUCGAAUUAACUCUUCAUUUUAUCUGAAUUCUCCUUUGACACGUCAACUUGCAAAUUACUCAAAUACAAGUAAAAUUUUCGAUGACGAAUCUGCAUUCCAAGAAUACUCCAAGACACCAAACACGUUCAUGAUAAGAGUUGAUGAAAAGCCAGAAUACAAUUAUAAUAUUUCAUCAAAAAUUGAAAUAAGAAGAGGUGCUGGUUUUCAGGCUAACACUAUAAAGGAUUUGAGUGAUUCAAUAUUAAAAGAACUCAUAAAUCUUUUAUCCGAUAUCGAUAGAAAAUAUUAUCCAAAUAAGAUGAAAACAUUCGAAAGAACACAGUUUACAUAUGUUUUUAUUGAAUGGCUUAUUUGUUUUGGACUUACGAUUGCGUUCAUUAUUCCUAUGUUCGAAAUAGCAGAAGCAAGAGAAACGAGACAGUUAUUGUUAUUGAAGAUCUCAGGUGCAUAUGAAACAACAAUUUUCUUAGCGAAUUUGACUAUUGAUUCUUUUAUAAUUUUACUUAAUUCUAUUUUAGUUACAAUUGUUUUACAUCGUCAAUCAUGUGAAGGCUCUAAUGGUUUCUUAAUCUUCUGUUUUGUUUUACCAUUAGUUAUCUAUUACUAUGUUUUCUUUUUGAACGCAAUUCCAUUAGCCAUUAUGACAAAAUACAAAGUAAUUUUCACUGGAAUCUUCAUAAUUUUAAGUCUUUUGCCAAAUUUGAAUUUCACUAUGACUGGUGAUGAUUCUGACUUCUUAAAAUAUUCUCUUAUUUUGAUGAUUCUUCCUCAAUGGUUAUCAACAAUGUUUAUUGAUAACAUCAUGGUUUCGAAAGUAUUUAAUUAUCCAUUUACAUUGAAGAAUAUUACAUUGUUAUUUAGAUGGAAGAAUUCAUGGGUUAUAUUAGGAAUCACAUUUGGAUUUAUUUGUGCCUAUUUGUUGUUGUAUUGCUUUUUGAACAUUAUGAUGCCAAGAAAGUCAGGAUCUCCUCCAGUUGGUUUUUCAAACAUUUUCUCAUCUACAGCAUGGAAACAGUUGUUCUCAUUCAGGAGAAGUGAUUUGAUUGAAGUCGAAGGUGAGAAUUUCAUUAAAGUCUUAGGUAUUGACAAAACAUACAAAGGAUCAACACCAGUCCAUGCUCUCAAGAAUGUUUCAUUCUCAAUCGAUAAAGGUGAUGUUACAGUUUUGAUUGGUCCUAAUGGUUCGGGCAAGAGCACACUUCUUAACUCAAUGACAGGAAGUAUCAGCAGUGACAAAGGCAUCCUUCGAAUCUAUGGUCGUGAAUGUGUUUCAGGCUUCAGCGCAUUACAACAACACUUAGGCAUCUGUUACCAAGAAAACAUUUUGUUUGACCGUCUUAGUGUUUAUCGACAUCUUGAAUUCUUCGCCACCAUCCGUGGUGUUGAUAAGUCAAAACUUAAAGAAGUCAUUGACCACAGUUUGAGCAGCUUCCAGUUGGAUGGUCUUGAUAACAUGAAAGCAGGCACAUUGAGUGGUGGUCAGAAGCGAAAACUUUGUGUUGCUAUUGCAUUCAUUGGCAAUCCACUUUUAGUUAUUUUGGAUGAACCAACAGCUGGAAUGGAUGCAAGUGUCAGACAAGAGAUCUGGAAAGCCAUUUCAGGAUACAACGUCACAUCUAUUGUCAGCACACACUCUAUCGAAGAAGCAGGUAUUCUUUCUAGCCGCAUGUUUGUCAUGCGAAAUGGUGAAUUAAUCUUCGAUGGCACACCAAAUGAAUUACGAAGCAAGUUCCACUGCGGCUACCGAUUGACACCAAUGUUCAACACAGAAGAAGACAAGAAAUACAGAACAGAAUUGCUUUCAUGGAUGAAGACAAAGAUCGAAGAUGUUGUCAUCAGUCCAAUCCAUGAUGACGACCUUCUUUUCCCAGUUUGUGACAAAGUCACAAAUGCAAUUGUUGAAUUACAACAUAAGAAAGAAGACUUCCACAUGCGUUCAUUCAACAUCAUUGUUGAACAACUUGAAAAUGUUCUUUACCGUAUGUAUCCGAUGAUGAAAACUUAUAAUAUAAAAUCUAGUUUAUUUUAA